CAGGUCUUUCUCUGCUGCCAGCCUUGGCUCGUACGACUUGGUGAUUCUUCCGAUAUGCUUUUCGCAAAAUGAAGAUCAUAACUAACGGCAGUUCACCAUCAUAGUCAUCCAGCAAUCGCCAUGCUUCGCUCUCAUCCAUUGGCUCGCAUCAUGCGAGUGGGAACUGGUGUCAGAUGGAUGAGUGCAUAUACUCCUCCUCAAGGCGAUACGAGCACAUCCCCGCGCCCUAAAAAGGUCACCAUUGGUCACCUUCGUCAACUAUGGAGAACCAAAACGCCCAUCACUGUGUUGACUGCUUAUGACUUCCCAACUGGACGACUUUGCGAGAAGGCAGGCGUCGACAUCACUCUGGUUGGCGAUUCUUUAGCGCAAGUUUGUCUCGGAUACGAGUCCACCACUCAGUUGACAAUGGACGAGAUGAUUCAUCACUGCCGAGCGGUAGCCCGAGGUAGCAAGCUUCCUUUCCUGGUGGCAGACAUGCCUUUCGGAAGUUAUUAUUCAAUAGAUGAAGCCGCUCGGAAUGCUUUCAGAUUAAUAAGGGAGGGUGGUGUGGAUGCCGUCAAAAUCGAAGGCGGAAAAGAUAUUAUUAAGACCGUAGCAAAGCUCACUGCAAUAGGUAUUCCUGUGAUGGGGCAUAUCGGGCUCCUUCCACAGAGGCACACAGUCUUUUCUGGCUACAGAGUCCAGGGCAGGCUGGCAAACCGAGCGGCAUCUAUCGUCGCAGAUGCUUUCGCGCUACAAUCUGCUGGCGUGUUCGCCAUUGUCGUCGAGGCGGUUCCCGCUCCCCUUGGGGCCUACAUCACCGAGAAUCUGCAGCACGUUCCAACGAUCGGUAUUGGCGCGGGCAAGGCAACAAGUGGCCAGGUCUUGGUUAUCAAUGACGCUCUAGGUGUGGCUGAAUGGGCACCGAAGUUCGUUAGGAAAUUUGGGAAUAUCGGGGAGAAGGCGGAGGAGGGGGCCAAGGCUUACAUUCAAGCGGUGAGGAACAGAGAGUUCCCAGACAACGAAGAAUCGUACUUCAUGGCUGGAAACGAAUGGCGCAAGUUUAUUCACGAGUUAGGCGGUUCUUCAACGAAGAGCACCUGGGUGGAUGUGACAUCGAACGGCGAGGACUCCUCCGAAAGCACAGCCUCUCUAAACGACUUUUCCCUGCCUACCUUGGCUGGAUUUAUGGAAGAGGCUGAUAUCGUAGAAGUAGACUCGCAAGAGUCAAAAUUAGAAGAGCCAAUAUCCGAAGUGUCAAUAUCCGAAGAACCACAACCCGAAAUACCAAAACCCGAAGAACCAAAACCCGAAGAACCAAAACCCGACGAAUCAAAAUCCGCAGAGUCAAAGCCCGUUGUGCCUCCUUCGCAACAAUGAUGCAUGGCGGCUGCCUUGAACACUGUAUUUUACCUUAAUUUCAUAAUCAACUUGACGGUUUGAGCUGUGAUAGACAUAGAAGGCUUUAGCCUCUCUUCCACUUGCUUAUAGCUCUAGGUACGUGUUUGUGUGAAGGUCAUAUACAGCGUCCUGCGACGUAUCGACAAGCAAGCGUACAAAUGUGUCCAGAACCUUAAAAGCCACUAAAAUAUGAAUAAUACAGGACAGAUGGAUUC